AUCUUCUUCAUCCUCGAUGGUCGUCGCCCGCAUGGUAACCCUAACAUGCUUGUGUUGAUGCAGCAGACAACAUUCAGUGUCUUUUGGAAUCCGUCGAAUCGGUCAUAGUGUGAGAUCAUUCAAUAAUCGACCCGGACGGGAACGCCUUUAUCAUGCCGCGUCUCCACGACCCUCGUCGCCGACCACCGCGAGGGACAUACUUGCGCUCAUGCCUUCCGAUGCUGCUCGUCCUCGUGUUGCUCUCGAUCCUUCUAUCAGCCCUCUCAUUCUUGUCUCGGUUCAAAUCUCCCGCGGCCAAGCAGCGACUGGGUUGGCAAGCAUGGGAAGUGAUUGCAGCUUCAAAGGAUAGCGCCGAUACUAGUCUCAGCAUACCGUUGGAUGUAUGGGAUCCUCUUGCGUCUCACGAGACUGGAAUCACAGAGAUCACCGUCAAGAGUUGUUAUCUUCCGCCACUACUCUUCCCAAGCACCUGUGCGCCAGCGACAACGCCAGAGCUUGACAAGACCAAGGGCAAAUGGGUCAUGGUGAAAAAAGAUCUGAAUGCCCAGGCCGGGAUCUGGUAUCUAAACGUGUACUACCGACGCACCCGCCGCCUUGAUACGGCGCUCAUCACUGACGUUCGCCUUGUGUCGGGGUCCUCCCAGGCCAAUAGCUCUCUGGAAGGCUGGACACGAGCCGAUGGAGACCUGCAUGCGGGCACGUGGCCGAGUCUACCACCCGUAUACUUGUGGUACAAAUCUUCUGAAGGCACUCCCGUCACCGAGAUAGAUGUCAUCUACGGCGACGCCGACCCCUUUUAUGGAUAUCACAGAGUUGUUGGCGGCAAGGUGACUGAAGCAAAGGCGAAACGAUGGGAGAGUGUUGAUCUGGCGGUGAGACGAGGAGGAUACUCUCCACCUAGAGCGAAGCGCCCAGUAUUCAGUAGUGAUGGCCGAUUCAAGAUCAUGCAGAUCGCGGAUCUCCAUUAUUCUGUUGGAUCUGGCGGAUGCAGGGACUCGGACAAGACGCCAUGUGUCGGCGAUAUUGACACUGAGACCUGGUUGGCGGAGGCUUUGGAGGCGGAGAAGCCUGACCUGGUCGUCUUUUCUGGCGAUCAGCUCAAUGGCCAAGGGACUUCUUUCGAUGCGCGUUCUGUCCUGGCCAAGUUCGCCAAGCCUGUCAUCGACCGUCAGAUACCUUGGUGUGCAGUCUUUGGCAAUCACGACAGCGAGGUCGAUGAUGACCGGGAAGAACAAAUGCGUACACUGCAAAGUAUGCCUUACUCCUUGGCGCGCGCAGGUCCAGCGGAUGUUGCUGGAGUGGGCAACUACUUGGUGAAAAUUCACUCUAGUGACCCAUCUCACGUUCACCUCUUCACCCUCUACUUCCUCGACUCCCACGAUUACCAACAUCGCGUACUGCCAUGGACAAAGCCCGAGUACGACUACAUCAAAGAGUCACAGAUUGAUUGGUACAAGGCACAGUCAGAAGCCAUCAAGCCCAUCGAGCGCCCGUUCAGACCCGAUGGUGCAUCAGACUUGGGCAAAAUUUGGCGCCGGCGAAACACCCGUCAGAUCCGCACUCUGGCCAAGCCGAAUGCGAUGAUGUUCUUCCAUAUCCCUCUACCGGAAGCCUAUGGUCCUGCCGAUAUCAGCGGGUAUGAUGGGGACGAGCUCGAUGUCGGGGACCAGCUAGACGGUCAGGGCAACAGCAAGCAGAACUCGGGAUUCUUUCAUGAUGCGAUAAAAGCUACUUAUGAGGCAGAAUCUGAAGAUGGCACUCCCACUGCAGAAAUCAAGGUUUUGAGUCACGGACAUUGUCACAACACAGACCGCUGUCGGAGGUCAGAAGGUAUAUGGAUGUGCUUUGACGGAGGGUCAUCCUAUUCCGGUUACGGACAGCUCGGCUUUGACCGACGCGUUCGGAUGUACCAAUUGUCGGAUUAUGGUGAAAAGGUGGAGACCUACAAGCGUCUCACGUCAGGCGAGACUCUCGAUCAUCAAAUUCUCGUCGGGAACGGGGCUGCACCGCGUGUCGGUCAAGAUCAAGUAUAGAUCAAUGGGUUGUAUACAUGUAUCAUACGGUAUGGAGUGG